GCAGCAGAGGGGUCUUGUCCAUAUGAGUGUGUGUUUGUCUGUGUAUCUCAAAAAGAGACCUACCAGCAUUUAAUUGACCGCACAAGAGGGAGACACCAUCAUCAGCAAAAGCAGAAUGGCAGCGUGGGACCUUACAGUCACAGUGGAGGAUCUUGGUCCUGAUGCCCCACCCCUCCAAAUCAGUGUGACCUCUGACCUGCACAUUGGUGGAGUUAUUCUCAAAUUAGUUGAGCAGACCAAUCUGAAGAAGGACUGGUCCGAUCAUGCUCUGUGGUGGGAGCAGAAGCAGCAGUGGUUGCUGAGGACCGGCUGGACACUGGAUAAAUGCGGGGUCCACGCAGACGCUCGCCUCGUCUUCACCCCACAGCACAAGCCUCUGCGACUGGGCUUGCCGAACGGGGCUACCCUGAAAAUGCGAGCCUGUUUCUCCAGUUCUGCAUUUCGCACGGUCAUGGGCAUCUGCAGGGUUCUCAAUUUACGUCACCCAGAGGAGCUCUCCUUGCUCCGUCCUGUUGAGGAGAAAAAGAAAAAGAAAGACAAAGAUUCCUCAGAAGAGCUGUAUGAUCUCACAGAUGUUCCUCUAACCGCAGGCUCUGUUCAAGCUCUGUACAAUGGCAUGCCGGCUCAUUUUGCUGACUCUCCGAAGACUGAGGCUGUGUAUAAAAUGCUGUCUGUCGGCUUGCCCUCACCUGCCCCUGAAGCCAUCGCUAAACUCUACCGGCCAGCCAGUGUGGUGGACAAAACACAUAUUCACACCAGGUGGCUGGAUUCAUCUCGUUCACUAAUGCAGCAGGGAAUACAAGAGAAUGACAAACUAUGGCUUCGUUUCAAAUACUACACUUUCCAUGAUAUGGAUCCCAAGUAUGAUGCAGUGCGUUUGACGCAGUUGUAUGAACAAGCUCGCUGGGCUAUACUUUUGGAGGACAUAGACUGCACAGAAGAGGAAAUGAUGCUGUUUGGAGCCCUGCAGUACCACAUAGGGCCUAAGAGACUAACUCUCAAGGGUUACAAGCAAUACUGGUGCAAAUUUCAGGACACAUCGAUCUCCUAUUAUAAAAGCAAAGAGGACUGCUAUGGAGAGCCCAUUCAACAACUGAACCUGAAAGGAUGUGAGGUUGCCCCUGAUGUCAAUGUAGCAGGCCAGAAGUUCUGUAUCAAACUCCUCAUUCCUGCACCAGAAGGCAUGAAUGAAAUCUACUUGCGAUGUGAAAAUGAGAAGCAGUAUUCUCAGUGGAUGGCCGCCUGUAAACUGGCAUCCAAAGGCCUGACGUUAUUGGACAUCUCGUAUCAGAGUGAAGUAAAGAACAUCCAGACGUUCCUUUCAAUGCAGCGUUCCAACUCUGCAGCUCCCGCUGCACAAACUGACGACAGCAUCAACACACACAGCCUCGUCUCACCGAGAUACCAGAAGAAAUACAAGCCCAAACAGUUAACCCCUCGUAUCCUGGAGGCCUAUCAGAAUGUCGCCCAGCUCUCUUUGACAUCUGCCAUCUUGAAGUUCCUGCAGAUCUGGCAAGCUCUGCCUGAUUUUGGAAUUUCCUACUUCAUGGUCAGGUUUAAGGGCAGUCGUAAGGACGAAGUUCUGGGCAUUGCUAACAACCGUCUGAUCCGUAUAGACCUGGGAAUCGGAGAUGUGGUGAAGACUUGGCGUUAUAAUAAUAUGAGACAGUGGAAUGUUAAUUGGGACAUACGACAGGUGGCGAUUGAAUUCGACGGAAACAUUAACGUAGCACUCAGCUGCGUGAACGCAGACUGUAAGGUUGUGCACGAGUACAUCGGAGGAUACAUCUUCAUGUCCACACGCUCCCGACAGCAAAGCGACACACUCAACGAGGAGCUCUUCUACAAACUCACCGGCGGCCACGAGGCUCUCUAAGCACCAAGCAACAACUUACAGAGAAAAAGAAAACAUUACUGAAGCUACAAAUGGAGGAAACUGAUAAGAAUUCAGUGUUAGCACUGCACAGCAACUGUCCCUUUGUUUUGCUUGUUUUCAAUGAGUCAUCAUUUAGUGAUCAAUAUGCAAGCAUUGAAUUAAGAAUGCUAACUGUCUAACAGGGAAACAUGGAUGUUUUCCAUAACAUGUUACACACACAUGUAAUGAGUCUGCAUAAACCAUCACACUUAAUAUAUGACAGCCUAACAGGAAAAUAUGACAAAAUUAAUGAUUUAAAUGUCCGAAAACUAUCUAACUGUAUUGAAUUUUGUCAUUAUUAGCAGGGUGUCUGUAUUUCUGCCAUCACAUGUGAGCAACAGCUCAGAAAACCACUAUCAUUGAUCUAUUAGUUGAGAGCUCACAAAUUCCUAUCUCUGUCCAACAGAGUUUCAGUUACUGCACUAGGGUUAUUUUUAGAAGGGUGGGAGAGUUUAGUAUUGAGUUAACAAAGUGCCAUCUCUGGAUUGUCCUGAUGAGUUCACAGCCUUGCUGAUUCUCCAUUAUUCACAAGAAACAUAAUGUGUUAAAAUACUGUGCAUAAUAUUAAGCAUUAUGGUACACCAUUAUAUUCAUUUAAAUUCAUGAAACAAAUGUACUAUUUGAGUGUGUGUAUGUACAAACAUGUUUCUGAGCUUCUUGUUGUAAUUUUAACUCACUCUCAACCCAAAGAAAUGACCUCAAAUCUACCAAACAAUGUGGCAAUGUUCUACAUUAUUUUGUAGGUUGGGGUUUUUUUUCAGUGUGACUUGUUGUUUAUCUGUACCCAUACCCAUUGUGAUUUCCACAUUUGUAUUUCGCUUUGGAUAAAAGUAUGUGCUAAAUCACUGAUCUGCUCAAUCCUUUCAAGCUAAAGAACAAAAUCUAAAGGAAAGUGUAAUUGGGUAAUAUAGGCUCUUCUCAUCCAUGGAGGAGAAACGCAAAUACUUUUUA